AUGACCGAGUCGGUAGCACAGUGUUUGAGAUUAAAGCGGCGAAAAACAUUAUGCGUUAUCGAAGGCAUUAAUGCCGCUUCUUAUACGUCAUCACAUUUAAUUUCGGCUACUGUGGAAUCGCGUGUAUCUAAAUACUCGCUCUUAUUGGAUUUUUUUAUUUUACCAAAAUUAACAAGUAAUUUGCCAGCUAGACCAAUCAGCACUGCUUUAUUAAAUACGCCUAAGGAAACAAUACUGGCUGAUCCGUCAUUUAAUAGCCCAAAUUGCAUCGAUUUAAUUUUGGGCGCCGAAAUAUUCUUUGAUUUGAUAAAGCAUGGUUGGGUUAUCCAUGGUAAACCAAUGGAUAUCGGCCCAGUGUUACAAAAUACACAUCUCGGAUGGGUGAUCGUCGGUCCGGUUCCAGCAACUGCAUUAGACAGGCAAGAGCGCUGUAUGUCGGCGGUAACGACAACCGAACUGGCAAAAAUUAGUGAGCUUGAAGACCAAAUGGAACAGUUUUGGAGACUGGAGGAGGUUCAUGCUAAAGCUCCUUAUACAUUAGAGGAGAAAAUGUGUAUGAAACAUUAUGAAUUAAAUGCUCGUCGCUUAACAGAUGGCAGAUUUACAGUUGUACUAUCAUUAUAUGGAUAUUGUGUCUAG